CAAUAUAUAGAUUCGAGUAGUAUGGACCUGCCAUAUAUUAAAUAAGCUUAUGCGUUGGGAUACUGGGGAGAAGAUAGGCGCCAGAUUUCCUGAGUAAGGGGAGGAGGGCAUCCUGGCACUGGGCCGUAAAGGCUAACCACGCGGAAGGAGGUUCCCACAGCAGCUCCCUCUAGACUGGCCACGCCCCCGUGUUGCAGCCGCCGUAAAGUGCGGCGUCCUGGCCACGCCCCUCCGGCGCUUCUUGUGACGCAGUCACCCUGGGUAUUUUUGCGCGGGAAAAGGAGGCAGUUCGGAGCGCUAGGCAGUGGGGCCGGAACCGGCAGUUUUUGCGGAGUUUGCAGCUCGCUCCCUGCCCUUACUGGCCAUGGGGCUGCUGGAGCUGUGCGAGGAAGUGUUCGGUACUGCCGACCUCUAUCGAGUGCUGGGCGUGCGGCGCGAGGCCUCGGACAGCGAGGUCCGGCGCGGCUACCACAAGGUGUCUCUGCAGGUGCACCCGGACCGGGUCGGCGAGGACGACAAAGAAGACGCCACCCGCCGUUUCCAGAUCCUCGGGAAAGUCUAUUCUGUUCUGAGCGACAAAGAGCAGAGAGCACUGUACAAUGAGCAGGGAACAGUGGACGAAGAUUCUGAUGUGCUCAACCAAGAUCGGGACUGGGAGACGUAUUGGAGAUUACUUUUUAAAAAGAUAUCUCUAGAAGACAUUCAAGCUUUUGAAAAGACAUACAAAGGUUCUGAAGAAGAGCUGGCAGAUAUUAAACAGGCCUAUUUGGAUUUCAAGGGUGACAUGGAUCAGAUCAUGGAGUCUGUGCUGUGUGUGCAGUACACAGAGGAACCCAGGAUAAGGAACAUUAUUCAGCAAGCCAUUGAUGCUGGAGAGAUCCCAUCCUAUAAUGCCUUUGUCAAAGAAUCGAAGCAAAAGAUGAAUGCAAGAAAAAGGAGGGCUCAGGAAGAGGCUAAAGAAGCAGAAAUGAGCAGGAAGGAGUUGGGCCUUGAUGAAGGAGUAGAUAAUUUGAAAGCAGUCAUUCAGAGCAGACAAAAGGAUCGGCAAAAGGAAAUGGACAAUUUUCUGGCUCACAUGGAAGCAAAGUACUGCAAACCUUCUAAACGAGGAGGGAAAAAAACGCCUCUCAAGAAAGAAAAGAAAUAAUGGAAUUUUCUCUUCAAAAGUCUUUAAGUGUUAAUUGGUGCCCUUACAGGCAAGGUACAGUCAAGAUUUGAAGACAAAAGUCAACCCCGCCCUUGAGAAAAAUUGUCCUUCCAGCCUAGAUUAUUCAGAUCAAUUCUGUAAACCACGCAGAAUCUCUCAACCUGAUUUUAGGAACCCUAGAAAUCCCCUGACAUUCUUUGAGGUCCUGUAUGAAGGAAUUUAGUGGUGAUUUUUGAGGGAAUGGGGGUGAGUGGUGUAUUCCUGGCAGCACUUGCUUCUAUGGGUCUUCUGUGCAAGAAACUCUUAUCUGGAAUGUGGGUCUGUCCCAUAUAGCCUUUAGCAGUUGUCAUUUUGGCACACAAGAGUGUGCACACAGCUGCAGAGUAUUCAAAGUGAUGUGUGUGUUUAUUAGAACAGUAACUCUACCUGGCUAGAAAGCCUUCAAAACACUUGCUGGACAUCUGUCUUUCACAUAUUUGCGAGUUUACUUUCAGGCUUAAUAUUCUUGAAUAGAUCCCCUUUCCUUUUUGUUUUACUCAGCCAGCUUUUGUACUCUGCUUGAAGUGUAGGAGAAACAUGUUCAGAUUACCUCAGGCAUCUUUGUAAGACUUAAUACCUGAUGAAAUAAACAGGUUAAAAAGGACUAUUAAGUUGUGGGGCCUUUUAAAUGAUCUAUGUGAUCAUUUAAAAAUCUAUGAUCUAGAGAAACUAUGGAAGGUGCUUAGAGAAGAGAGAAGAAAAAUAAUCCUAGUCAGCUUAUUUAUAGUAGGUAGUCUGGUUUAAGUAUCAUAAACAGAAGUUGUCCUACCUGUAACUGUUGAGUGUUCUUAGGUCGUUUGUUUCCUCAUCUAUAAAAGGGUGAGGGAAUUGGGCUAAGUGACUUCUUCAGAGGUGUCUUCUGACUCUCUACAUUUGAAAGGCAGACCAUCUUGAUCCCGUGGUUUGUUACCAUGCACUCAUGGUAUUGAUUUGUGAGAAAAGUACAGGUUUUUACUUAAUUUAGUCAGAUCGGUAUAUAGUCAUUGGAAUAUAUGGAAAUUUUUUUAGCAAUUGUUAAACUUAAUAUCUCUGAUUUGUAGACUUACAUAUCCAAUACCAUAUGCAUAACACAGCCCUUCUGUUACUGAGCUUUAUGUAUGAUAACUGAGGUAAGCACAUGAAACACUUUCAUGUAGUUUGUGAUUACACACAGGUUAAAAAAUACUCUUUAGUUUGUGUUGAAAAUAUAAUUUAAGGCAGGUUGUUCAAAGCAUCUGUCUUCUUUAUAUGAUAGCAUUAGUACACCUUGAUAUAAUAAAAAAGAUACCCCUAUUUAUGGUCACUUGAAUUUAUCCACUCUGAAGAUUAACAAGAUUUAAAACUUAUAGGGUCAUCAAAAUUAAAGUUCAAUGAAAUUUAAAUAAAAUAAAUUUAAGCCAUAGUUAACACCUGCAUUAUGCUGCAUUUAUGAAUGUCCUCCAAAAAAAAAGUCCAUGGUGAAAUCAGAAGAAUGUUGAAGUUCUCUACUUCUGCUCUUAGGAUAUGUUUAUACUAGACCAAUUACCAGAGUUUCUGAAAUUUCAAGGCAUUGCUGGCUUACCAGCAGAUUCUAUAAAUUUUCAAGUUGACUUAGAACUUAAGAAGGAAAUCUGAUAAGGUGAAUUUAAUAGUUAAAAAAUAUAUAUAUAUAACCACUAAAGUCCUUUAAGAAGAAGCAUAAUCUGAUAUCAAGCAGGCAUUGUGAGGUUGAGCUGUCCUGUCUGAAAAUAUAUAUACAUUAUGACUUAUUACAUAAGUUACUUUAAACCAGUGUUCAACAUUUAUGUCUUUAUUACUCACCCCUUCCAUACCUCUUUGCCUAGAAAAUUGGACAUCUAAAGAGAAAGCUUUAGGAAUGACAUCUGUUUGAUGAGUAGCUCAAGAGUUUUGACAGAACUAUCUCCUAAAAAUGCCUUAAAAAUGAGUACAACUCUCCAGAAAUUCAUACAAGUGGAAGUGUUCUGAAGCCAGUGAUAUAGCUUCAUGUUAUCAAACAAUCAUUUGCUGCUUUUUGUGUCUGUAUAGUCUUCAUAGACUCUUAUAGAAUCCUAUAAUUGAACUGAUCAUCAUUAACAGACAACAUGAGCAGUGAUUUGGGGAUAAUUAUUCAUUUGUUACAUUUUUGGAUACAAAUUCUACUGUCCAGUGGAGUAGGUUAACUUAAUGCUGAAAGAAGAUGGUAACUGGAAAAACAGUACCCAUGUAAUCUUUGGCGGAUAUUCUUUUUUUUUUCCUCAGUCAGCUACACCAGAUUAACACUUCAUGAAGAUGGUUUUAAGUUCUUUUGUAUACAAGCUUCGCACCACAAGAUGACUGGACACUGAUUCAUGAAAUUCUCUCACGUGUUCCCUGCAGCCUGAAGCAGGUUCUUCUAUUUGCCCUAUGGUCCCUGCUUGGUUCUAGAGACUGGUCCACCUCUGUUUUGAGAUUUUGUAGACCCGUGUAACUGAGGACCUGUCAGACAAAGAUGACAUCAUAAAGUAACGUUAGUAGACAUUUUAGAUUUGGUAAUCUCAAAUUUAUAUCUAAGGGCUUUUUUGCUCCAAUUAUCAGUUGGACUGAAAUUUGGAGACUGGUACUAAGUAAUAAAGUAUAUAUUUACCAAGGCAGUAAGAACCACAUUCCACAUUUACAUUAUUUUAUCAUGUAAAACCUACAAGUCUGUAUUAAGAUAUGAAACCUAGUUCUAGAGAAGAACCCACCAAGUAAAACAGACUAAUAUGUCUGUUUCACUUAUCUAAAUGUUAUAACUGGCCAUCAACAUGGCUAAAUGGAGUAACUAUAGCUCAGAGGCAGCACUGUGUCUCUUUGAGGACUACUAAUCCAAGAAAAGAAUCCACUGAAAGCAUUCGGAGACUGCCAAAAAAUGCAAAUAGGAACUGAACAAGAGAAUUUACUUGGAUGACAGAUAAUUUGAGGCAGAUUAUUUUUUAAUCUUAUUAACAGGAAACAUUUCAACUGAUUAGUACUUCCAUAUUUCACCUACAACAUAAUGAGAAUGACCCUGAUGGUGGUGAGAAGACCAUUAUAGGAAGAUAACUUUUAAGUUAAGAUAUCCUUAAAAUUUCUUCUUUCCUAUGAAAAUACAGUCUAUAGAAUAUGACUUAGAAAUAAAAGUUAAUGGGAUAGACUAAGACUCUGCAUGUCUUGUCAUUUUUAAAUUUCUUUUCUUACCUUGGCCUAGCAGGUUAACUGACCAUAGCAAGUUUAUUCUACAGAAAUAUGGAUCUACAUAAUAAAACCCAUGCAGUGUUUGAUGUUAUAAAAAUGACUUAUUUCACUUAAGUUUUUUAGAUUGAAGAAAAGAAAGUACUGUCUAUUUUGCCAGAGUGGUGAGAAGUUAAUUUACAUAUGAGAAAACAAAUCUGGAACUUGGCUCUGGGCAAUAGAGGUCUCCUCGAUCUUUAUUAUAUGCCAUUUCCAAAGGAAUUUCAGAUGAUUUACAGAUGUAGGAAAACAAAAUAUAAUAAAAUCUGGAGGAAGGGAAAAUAAACAUAGAAAACAGACAAAGGCAGGGUCUUAACAUAGCCACAUAGUAAAAUAAGAGCAAUGGUCCCACCUGUCACUGCAGAUCCCCUACCAGGUCGGGCCUGAUGAGGAUACUCAGCAACACACGAAUGAUAUUGUGUAUCUGGCUGCAAAACAGAAAAGAUGAGACACUUCUUACAAUGGGACUUCCCCCAAAGGAUGUAUGUUAGUAGGUUUACAAAGGAAUACCUUGAAAUCAGACAGCAAUGUAAAUGGCAUUGUCUGCCAGCUGAGGGACAAGUUGGUUGAGUGCACUCUUGUAUUUCAAGUAAAGAAUCCCAAGCCGGGGGCCUACAAAGCCAUUUGUUAACUUGUAAGAAUUUUUAAGUUCUUCUUUUAAAAAUUUCUUAAGUUCUAAAAUUUUAUUAAUAUGCCUUUAAGAUAAUUUUAGCACUUAUAAGUAACCCAUAUGGUUUAAUAUUUCUCAGUAUUUAUAAUGGCUGUUAAGGGAAUUUUAUCUAAUUUAGACUGCCUGCUGACUAAAGUUUAAAACAACAGAGCCUUUUCAGCAACAUUAAAACACCCAUGACUUUACCUCCAUACUUGAAAUGUGACUCUCAGUAUGAAGUUCAAACAUUUCAAAAUCACCUCUGAUAAUUAAAAAAUUUUAAGAUAUGAUUAAAACACUGAAAUGUAAAUAUAAAAAAAAAAAAAAAACCUAUCAAUGCCAUCCUGCUGGUGCUUCUGGAAUAAAAAACAUCCCUCUCAGUUCCCUGUCAGAGCACUGGAAUUAAGACAUUUCAGGAACCUUUUUUUGGUGAAGCCCCAUUUUUUUUUUUUACUGGGGUCACCAAACUUCCUUUCUGGUGGGCCAGAAAGUAGAUAUUUUAGGCUUUGUGGUACGUACUGCUAGAAACUGCUCAACUCUGCUGUUAGAGUGGGAAAGCAGUCAUAGAUAGUACAUAAGUGAAUGAGUAUGGUAGCUCUCCUGUAAUAACUUUAUUUACAAAAGCAGACUAACUUUUGUGGUGAGCUAAAUGGUCCAUAAAAAUAGUUUGUUCACCUAUAGGAGCAGAGUGCUAGUCUGAAAGUGCCAAGCCAGGGACUCAGUUAUAAUGCUCUCAGUUACAUCGAGCAACUAGCUCAUCUCCCUUUGCAUGACAGCAAACUGGGAAAGACACAACUAAGGUAAGAAAUUCUUACUUUUAUUGUUAUAAACAUCAGAAAAAGAAGAAACUGAAAAUUAUAUAUAAAUGUUUUAUAGAGAAUCUAGCUGUAGAAUAUAAUCAUGGAACACUGCUUUAACAAGUGCCCUGAAUCAAAUUAUGAGAGGACAGAUUUAAUAGAGGUUCUCAAACUUUUCUAGAGUUCACAUUGAGUAAGAAUCAGAAAUGCUCACAUUUCCCUUUAGGUCAUGUUUUGGUGAAUCUCCCCCUAAAUAAAGUCUCCUAAGGUCUGUUGAGUUGAAGUGUCCCCUCUUGCAGCUGCUGCCAAAAUUUAUGUCCACCUGGAACCUGUGGAUAUGACUAUUUGGAGAUAGAAUUUCUGCAGAUGUCAUCAAGAUAAGGCAAGGUCAUAUUGGACUAGGGUCAGCCAUAAAUUCAAUGAUUGGUAUCUUCGUAAGACAGAAAUCUGGACACAGACACAGGGAGGAAGGCUGUGUGAAGGCAUAGGCAGAAACUGGAGUGAUGCAGCUGCAAGGCAAGGACAGCCAGGGACUGCUGCAGUCCACCAGAAGCCAAGAAGAGGUGAGAAGAUCCUCAUUCAUAGAUCCUGUAGUGGGAGCAUUGUUCUGCUGACACCUUGAUUUUGGACUUCUAGGCUCUGGAACUGAUAGAAUAAAUUUCUGUUGUUUUAAGCCA